CUGGUUACUAGCCUUCGCCGAACGCGACAACACGCAGACGCUCCUGCCGCAAACAGAAGGGCGAUUUCGGCUGAGAAAUGUCAUGGACUGAGCUCAGGAGGAGCAGGGGAGGGAAACGCUCCUCGGCCGAGGAGAAGCUGGAUGAAUAUUUAAUCGACCUGCAGCACAAAAACAGGGCAUUGAGAAGACUGCAGAAGAAGGACCCUCAUCAGGCGGAGUUGGAGCUUUUGGAGCAGGGCUUCAAUCUGUACCUCAACGGCGCUCAUGUCAGCACCGCUAACGCUCCUCAGAACAGCCGAUCCGGCAGGAGAACCAUCCAGCCUUCGGUAGCGGCCCAUCCACCGGCGCAGAGAAACACACACACCGCAGAUUCGUCCAGAGAGAGCGGAGAGAAGUGUGGGGCCGAUCGACAGAACCAGAGGAGCCACACGGCGCCUGAGAAAGCACAGAGACGCCGAUGGGUGCAGGAAUCUCUGCACAUCUGCACUGAGAAAGGGAAAAAAGUGAAGAUUUCACCAGAGCACGGAUACUCUGAUGACUUUGAGCCGUACAAGAGCACAGAUAUGGAGUCUGCUCACGACAGCAGUAAAGCGUCACGCUCUGCCGCCCUGAGGUCACGCAGUGAGCCGGAGCCUGUCAACAGGGUUCUUCUGAACGCUCACCAGGUCAAGGCUCUGCGACGCAGCCUGGAGGUGAGCGUCAGACGCAGCACUCGAGACUCGGCUGGAGAGGAGUCGGAGGAGGAAUGGAUCGAGGAGCAGAUCGAGAGAGAGGAAAGCAGCGACAGCCUCCCUGACCUCACACUUCCUGCCCAACCCACAAGCCAGCCAAUCAGCAAGCAGCUCAGCCGUGGUGACCUCAUCAUGCUGGAAUUCAGCCCCUCCUCGCAAGGUGGACGAAAGAUUGAACACUCUCUCUCAGCUAAACGAAAGGACGAUGUGGAGUCGUACAUCCCUACCAAACCAGUUACAGUCAGGAGACAGACGGAGAGAACAUCUGGUAGCAGACAGGAGUCACGGCCAAACAGUCGUCUAGAGCGCCCCCUGUCUGCGGCUCGUAAGACGCAGGAGGAGCGAGAUCCAGAGGAAAGGGCUGCCGGCGUGUUUCGGGCCCUGCAGAGAGAAAACUCUCCACUGCGUGCUCUCCGGCAGGAGAAGAGCACGACUCGGCACGCGCCGGACGAGGAGGAAGAUGAUGAUGAUGAUGAUGACGAUCAGUAUCGGGUUGUCAGAGCGAUGCGGAGAAUCGCUCUCAUGGAACCAAGGCAGCAGAAGUGUUUGUUAAAGGCUCUCGAGCGGAUUGAUGCCGACGAUCGGUCUGAUGUUCCUGACAGCAGCAGCUUCACUCUAACUCGGAGGGAAGCGUCCCUGCAGGUGACGCCCACUCUUUACGUUACCAUGGAGAUCCUCUCAAACUGGGGUCACCCAGGUCAGGUGGGGCUCACUGAGGUUCAGUUCUUCUGUCCGCAAAAUCGCAAGCUCUACGUGUCUCCGCAUGACCUGGACAUUCGCAACACGGAGCAUCCCGGGAAUCUAGCUGCCCUCGUCAAUGGAAAAACCAAAACCACCAAAGAGCGUCACAUGUGGGCGUGUCCCUUCCACGCCCCGGUCCAGCUGUAUUUCGUCAUCAGGAACGUGGAGCGAACGCUGAACUUCAACAUCUCUCGGAUGAAAAUCUGGAAUUAUAACCACAGCCUUAAUGAUCUGGACGCUGGCGUGCGACACGUCCGCUUGUAUGUGAACAGCACUCUGGUGUUCGAGGGUCAGCUGGAGAAGGGCUGUGGAAACCAGGUGUUUGACUACAGCAACUCCAUUGAGCUCCAGGAACCACAUCUCCCAGACUGCACCUCUCCCAGCCCCGUCUCUUCAGGACACAGUCUGCGAGACCUCAGCCCACAUGACCCAGAGCCUCAGGAGUCGCACGCCGGCGUCUCACUAGUGCAAACAAGCCAAGACAAAUCUGACCCGGUUAACCCUGGCAGCCGUGCGGCAGAAAUGCAGAGAGACUCUCUGGAGAGAGACGACUCUCCUCCUCUGGACCUCACGUUUAGCGCCGGACGGACGGAGGCCGCGAAGACGGUGACCACGCAGCCGUCCUCCAGCAGGAUCCCUCACUGGCUCCAGCCUCUGUCGGGCGCGGACGAGGCCGAAGCGUGCCGGGAGCGAGAGCGUCCUCCGUGGCUCCAGUCGCAGAACACAGCCGAACCCAAAUCCAAGCACUCGGUGCUGCCCGACAUCUCGUGCAACCCUGUGCGGGCCUGUAAAGAGGCGUCCGGCGGCAGAGGCCCGCAGAGAACGGCGUCCGGCGAGUUCAGCUCCGACUCGCUGGAUCCUGACCCCGAUCUGGGACUGAAUUACAGCUUGCGGACAGAACCGGAGCCGCACUUAGAGCAGCACUUGAGCGAGCGCUUGGACCAGGGUUUGGAUCUGUGGGACGAGCGCUUUGAGAGGACCGAGCGGCCUGUCAGCGGCCGGAGAGGGUCGGCGCGCUCUGUGAACCGCAGCAGAGACUUCACUACAGCAGAGGAAAGCAGCCCAGCUUCUGUCCGUAAGAAAAGAGCGAAACCUCACUGGUGUGAACCGGACGACCCUUUAAUGGAAUCCUGGGACUCCCUGACAAAGUUUAACCAGUGUCAGCGCGGGCGGAUCUCCAACAUGGGGCUAGAGGGAGAUAUUUUCGACGAGUUUGUUCAGCGUCAGUCGCGUCCGUCGCCCGUCUCCACCCGACGCCCCUCCGCACCGGCCCUCCCUGACUCGGACGACCCCGAGGACGACCCUCGUGACCCCGACGAGGACUUCGAGAUCCCGGUGCUCCCGCAGGGUCGCCACCUCGUCAUUAACAUCCUGUCCACGUGGGGCGACCGUCACUACGUCGGCCUCAACGGCAUCGAGAUGUUCUCCUCCAGCGGUGAGCCGCUCACACCCGUCCACGUCACGGCCGACCCGCCCGAUAUCAAUGUCCUGCCGGCCUACGGGAAAGACCCGCGCGUCGUUGCCAACCUGACGGACGGAGUUCACCGGACGCAGGACGACAUGCACCUUUGGCUGGCCCCGUUCACUCCGGGACGCAAGCACGUCAUCAGCGUGGAUCUGGGUGCUAGAUGCUGCCUGGCGAUGAUCCGUGUCUGGAAUUACAACAAGUCCAGGAUCCACUCGUUCCGGGGAGCCAGAGAGACGGAGAUGAUUCUCGACGGUCGUUGUAUCUUUAGAGGGGAGAUCGCCAAAGCUUCUGGGACACUCUCGGGAGCACUGGAUCAGUUUGGCGACACUAUCCUGUUCACCACGGAUGAUGACAUCCUGGAAGCCAUGGCGCAGUAUGAUGACACGUUCGGGAGUGAGAUGGAGAUGGGCGGUCCGGGCGUCGAGGAGGAGGAGCUUCAGCGUCCACGGACGGCUGACGGGGAAGGAGAGGAGAGACCCUUCACACAGGCCGGGUUCAGGAAGGAGGAUGCACACACCCACAUGGAUCUGGACCACGUUGCUGCAGCUGAACUGUGUGCUGAUACUGGAGAGGAAAUAACAGGACUUUAUACUGGCAGCACUCUGCAGCUGAGUCUGCUGUUGUCGUGGGGUGACCCUCACUACGUGGGUUUGUCGGGGUUAGAGGUCGUUGGUAAGGGAGGUGAGAGCGUUCCUGUCGAUGUCUCUAUGGUGACAGCAUCACCUCGUGACCUCAACGACCUCCCCGAGUACAGCAACGACCUUCGAACUCUGGACAAGUUGUUCGACGGGAUGAACAUCACCACAGAUGAUGAGCACAUGUGGCUGAUCCCCUUCUCGUCCCGUGCCGAUCACACGCUCACUGUGCAGUUUGGCCGGCCGCAGACCAUCGCCGGAUUCAGAGUAUGGAACUACAACAAAUCGCCUGAAGACUCUUACAGAGGGUUGAAGGUCGCGCGCGUGUUCCUGGACGGUGUGUGUAUUUCUCCGCUCGGGGGGUUUCUCAUUCGCAAGGGUCCGGGGAAUUGCCACUUCGACUUCGCACAGGAGAUUCUGUUCAUAGACUACCUAGAGUCCAAGUCGAGCACUGCCGCCCACAACAGAUCACUCACAACAACCGGCAGGAACACCGAGGACAUGCACGCUCACUGGGCUGGGAACCGGAGAGAUGAGAUGGCCAGUAUGGACUAUGAGGCUCCACUGAUGCCAUGCGGAUUUAUCUUUCAGCUACAGCUGUUGACGACGUGGGGCGACCCGUACUACAUCGGCCUUAAUGGGCUGGAGUUCUAUGACCAGGAUGACCAGAAGAUCCCGCUCGGUGACAACAACAUCGCUGCGUUCCCUGACAGCGUGAACGUGUUGGAGAAUGUGUGCGGUGACGUCCGCACGCCUGAUAAACUGAUAGAUGGGCUCAACAACACCCAUGACGGGCGACACAUGUGGCUCGCUCCAGUGCUGCCCGGGCUGGUGAACCGUGUCUACGUCAUCUUCGACCAGCCAAUGACAGUCUCCAUGAUUAAAUUAUGGAACUACUCCAAAACACCUCAGCGAGGAGUCAAGGAAUUUGGGCUCCUAGUCGAUGACCUGCUAGUGUAUAACGGGAUUCUAGAGUGUGUGAAGAACGUUUCGCGGGGGAUUCUGCCAACCCUGGAUCCAGUCGUUCUUUACCACACCAUACUGUUCACAGACAACACCCAAAUCACACACAGAGAGAAGAGCACAAUUAUCAGCAACCACGUGGAGGACCAGGAUGUGAAGCUGACCAACGAGAAUCAAAUCAUUCACCAGCACAAGAAGAAGCAGACCGCUGACCCAGCUCUGCGGCCCAAAACCUGCAUGACGGAGGUGCGGAAACACAGCAAGCAGCGAUACUGAGAGAAGACUGCGGGGUUCAGGGAUUUUAAAAGCAGGUUUCUUUCCUUUUUUUUCCCUUUUGGGAAUAUUUGUAAAACUCAGUAACCUCAAAACGCACCCUCAGACACACACUCCAACUGUACGAUAAAGCUGUAUAUCUGUUUUUGCUAUGAUGUUGUUGUAUUAUAUAUAUAAAUAUAAGUAUUUUUUUUAAUAAGUGUCCUUUAACCAUGUCACGUGAUUCUGGAAUUUAAAGCAUAACAACUUUUCAGUUUUUUUCCCCAUGUCAGAUUCGCUCGUGAUAAUCAUCAUUUGUAAAGUGUUCAUCCCACAGCCAUAUUUAAAAAGUCUAAUUAGCGACGUUAAAUGUUUACAGCGCUCCAGAUUUUCACCGUUUCUAAACCUCUCGCAGUUCUUUCGUAACACUUUUAGCAAAUAUUAUGCAAAUUCUCCCAGGUUACCUCACGUCGAACCUACUGUAAUUGUUAUUAAAUGUAACCUUUAUUAACAACCUC